AAAACUGGCGGGAAUCACGCUCACAUUUCCCUCCCACAGCCCAUGGGCACCAACGGCAACACCCGGAAGCGCCCAGUGCCACCUACUCCGGCGCUUGCGACGCCGUCACCCCAGCAGAAACAGCGCACAUCUACGGAAGAAGAGGAGUUUGACGAAGACGUUUUCCUAGAGGAAACCCUUCUUCAGUACGAGGAGGAAGACUCGCAGCGCCGCACUAUAUCUGAGCGUCUAGCGAAGUGGAAACGUCCUGCGCUCUCUUCAUCAUACCUCAAUCAGUCUCAGAACAUUAUAUUUCAGCAGUUGGAGAUUGACUAUGUGAUUGGCGAUAGCCACAAAGAAUUGCUACCAAACUCUUCAGGUCCAGCUGCAAUUAUCAGGAUAUUUGGUGUAACCAAGGAAGGGCAUAGUGUUUGCUGUAGUGUACAUGGAUUUGAACCAUAUUUCUACAUCAGUUGUCCUCCUGGAAUGAGCCCUGAUGAUAUCUCGCACUUUCAUCAAGCUCUCGAGGGUAGGAUGAGAGAAGCAAACAGAAACAGCAAGGUUCCAAAAUUUGUUCGCCGCAUUGAACUUGUUCAGAGAAGAAGCAUCAUGUAUUAUCAACAACAGAGUUCUCAGCCCUUCCUUAAGAUUGUUGUGGCAUUGCCAACAAUGGUUGCUAGCUGCCGUGGUAUCCUUGAUAGAGGCAUACAAAUUGAUGGACUCGGUAUGAAGAGUUUUAUGACAUAUGAGAGUAAUGUUCUUUUUGCUCUCCGUUUCAUGAUUGACCGCAACAUUGUCGGUGGCAAUUGGAUAGAAGUUCCAGUUGGAAAACAUAAAAAGACAGCUCGCAAUCUCUCCUAUUCCCAAUUAGAGUUUGAUUGUCUUUUUUCAGACUUGAUCAGCCAUGCUCCUGAAGGGGGGUUCUCAAAGAUGGCACCAUUUCGCAUAUUAAGUUUUGACAUUGAGUGUGCUGGUCGUAAAGGUCUUUUUCCCGAGCCCACUCAUGAUCCUGUCAUCCAGGUGUCCAAUCUGGUUACCUUGCAAGGAGAGGAUCAGCCGUUUGUUCGUAAUGUAAUGACCCUUCAGUCCUGCGCACCAAUUGUUGGUGUUGAUGUCAUGUCAUUUGAGACAGAAAAAGAAGUUCUAUUAGCUUGGAGGGAUUUUAUUCGUGAAGUGGACCCAGAUAUUAUAAUUGGUUAUAACAUCUGCAAAUUUGAUUUGCCUUACCUCAUUCAGAGAGCUGAGGUACUAAGGAUAGCUGAGUUUAAAGAGGAUGUCCAUCAUUCAAUAAUAUCUGACCUUCAGAAUGGGAACUCAGAAACUAGGAGGCGUCUUGCUGUUUACUGUUUGAAGGAUGCUUACCUCCCACAACGGCUUUUGGAUAAGUUGAUGUUCAUUUACAACUAUGUGGAGAUGGCUCGAGUCACAGGUGUUCCCAUUUCGUUUCUGCUAUCCAGGGGGCAGAGCAUUAAGGUACUUUCUCAGCUUCUACGGAAAGCAAAACAGAAGAAUCUUGUUAUUCCAAAUGCCAAACAGGCUGGAUCGGAACAGGGAACUUUUGAGGGUGCAACUGUUCUGGAGGCAAGGGCGGGAUUCUACGAGAAACCUAUUGCUACACUGGACUUUGCAUCUCUAUACCCAUCCAUUAUGAUGGCAUAUAACCUUUGUUAUUGCACACUGGUAACUCCAGAAGAUAUCCGGAAACUUAAUCUGCCCCCAGAAUGUGUUAAUAGAACUCCAUCUGGUGAAACAUUUGUCAAAUCGAAUUUACAGAAGGGAAUACUUCCAGAAAUUCUUGAAGAACUUUUGGCUGCUCGUAAAAGGGCUAAAGCAGAUUUGAAGGAAGCAAAGGAUCCUCUUGAGAAAGCCGUAUUAGAUGGUCGUCAACUGGCUUUGAAGAUAAGUGCGAAUUCUGUAUAUGGGUUUACAGGGGCUACGGUUGGUCAAUUACCUUGUUUAGAAAUAUCUUCAAGUGUUACCAGCUAUGGUCGACAGAUGAUUGAGCACACGAAGAAACUUGUGGAAGAUAAAUUCACCAUUCUUGGUGGCUAUGAGCACAACGCUGAGAUAAUAUAUGGAGAUACAGAUUCAGUUAUGGUGCAGUUUGGUGUGACCUCAGUGGAAGCAGCCAUGAACUUGGGAAGGGAAGCUGCUGAAUACAUUAGUGGUACUUUCAUCAAGCCAAUCAAACUUGAGUUUGAGAAGGUUUACUAUCCAUAUCUAUUGAUCAGUAAGAAGAGGUAUGCUGGUCUCUACUGGACAAACCCAAACAAAUUUGACAAAAUGGACACCAAAGGGAUUGAAACAGUUCGAAGGGAUAAUUGUUUGCUGGUAAAAAACCUGGUAAAUGAAUGCCUUCACAAAAUACUCAUAGAAAGAGAUAUUCCUGGCGCUGUUCAGUAUGUCAAAAACACUAUCUCAGAUCUUCUUAUGAAUCGCAUGGAUCUAUCUCUUUUGGUUAUUACUAAGGGUCUUACAAAAACAGGAGAUGAUUAUGAAGUUAAAGCAGCGCAUGUUGAGCUUGCAGAACGGAUGCGCAAGCGAGAUGCUGCUACUGCUCCAAAUGUUGGGGAUCGAGUACCUUAUGUCAUAAUUAAGGCCGCGAAAGGUGCCAAGGCUUAUGAAAGAUCAGAGGAUCCCAUUUAUGUGUUAGAACACAACAUACCUAUAGACCCUCACUAUUACCUCGAAAAUCAAAUUAGCAAGCCACUUCUAAGGAUCUUUGAACCCAUCUUGAAGAAUGCUAGUAAAGAGCACCUAGAACUAAAGCCUUGA